GAUACCUUAGACAUGAUUAUUUUAACCCACAGGAGCCAUGGGCAAAGUGAUGAUUGAAUGAAACUCAGUAUAUAGCACAGGACAGGACACUUCUGUAACAAGAACCGAGGCACAGGAAGAGAAAUCAAUGAGUGACAACAUUCAAAUGGGCUCUCAGAAACCACGUAUUAUCCCCUGGCUCAUUGAACAGAUUGACAGCCAGACAUACCCAGGCCUUGUGUGGCUGAACGCUGAGCGGACACAAUUCCGUAUUCCGUGGAAGCAUGGCCUUAGACAAGACCGUUGCGAGGAGGAUGUUAAAAUCUUCGAGGCUUGGGCUAUUGCGAGCCGCAGUUAUGAUCCCACUAAGGAUACGCCUAAUCCAGCUGUGUGGAAGAGAAAUGUUAGAUCAGCGCUUAACCGCAAAGCAGACAUUCGUGUGAUCGCCGAUAAUAGUACAAGUUCAACCGAACCCCACAAAAUCUAUGAGAUAUUAAGUGGGCACAAAGCUGAGGGUGCUGAAGAACACCAUUUAAAUGACAGUGUAAGUCCAUGUUCCGAUCAAACUGGCUUUUCUAGCCCUCAGAGCGCAGUUGGCUCCGUGAACAGGACUCUAUCUGAGCAUGUAAUGCAAAUGCAAAUAUCCUGCAGUGAAGGAGAUUUAUACCGCAGUGCUGAAGAACUAGAGAACGCUAUUUUAAACAAAGGUCUGGAUUAUACCCCACCAGCCCAGGAGAACUGGUACUCUGGAAUUUCAUCUCCAGAAUUAUACACAGGUGUAACUAGUCCUGUCUACCACAAUCUGUCUCCUUAUACGAUCACAGAACCACAGACUGAUACGCGUGUUCAAGAAAUACAAGAACCGCAACAGCAAACUCCACAACAAAGCAAUUUGUCUCUCUUGUUUCCCAACAAAACAUUUGAAACGCAAUUUGAUGUGAAAAUCUACUACCGGGGAAUUCUAAUUAAGAACACCAUUGUGAAAAACCCUCAUGGAUUCUGUAUCACAUCAAGGCAAACACCAAAUCUAGCAAACUACCUGGAAGAUGUUACUUUGCCAAUACCAUCUCAAGUUAGUGAUCAGGCUGUUGCAAGUAAAAUAAAUGAACUACUAGCAAACCUGGAACACGGAACACGGAUAGAGGUGCGAGAUGGCUCAAUAUGUGGCAGAAGACAUGGAAAGUGCAGGAGCUAUUGGAGUAUGAGUAAAACUCCAACCACAUGGGAACCCAAUCAAAUCGACAAAAAUGACUACAGUGUCCUAUACACCAUGCAGCAGUUUGUUACAGAACUGAGUGACUUUAUUCAGGGCAGGAAGAAAACAUCCCCAGAGUAUUCUAUUUGGGUUUGCCUGGGAGAGCUCUGGCCAGACAAUCGACCUUGGGAGAAAAAGUUAAUUAUGGUUAAAAUCACCCCAGUGGUAAUGCAGAUGCUUCAUGAGUUGAGUUACCAUAAUGGGGCUACCUCCCUAGACAGUGAGGAGGUGAACCUUCAAAUAUCUGACUCACUCUCGUUCUCGAGUACAGCUGAGAUCAUCCCCUUUCUAGAAGGGAUACAAGACAUGAUGAUGGACUUUUAAAACACAAACUAACUCUGUCCCCAGCGGAUACGUCUGUACUUCUGUCGCAGUUUGAUCCAAUAAAAAUGUUGAAAAUCAUGUUGGUGAUGUUGAUAGAAAAAAUUCCAUGAAAGAAGAAUGAAGUGGUUUAAUAUUUAUAAAAAAAACUGAAUAAAGCUCAC